AUGUCGACCACCUCGGACCAGGAGAGGACCCCGGGCCACGAGUCCGGCGCGGCGCUCAUGGCGUACGGGCCGGAAGUGCUGCACGACUACGUGGCCACACGCUUCGAGGCGGCACUAGGCCGCACCAUGCCACAGAUGGAAGUACGCUUCAAUAACCUGUCGAUCACCGCUGACGUGGUGGUGGUCGAGGAGGACGAGAGCAAGACGGAACUGCCGACGCUCUGGAACACAGCCAAGAAGAGCCUGGCCAAGCUGUCGGCCAAGAAACACGUAGUACGCAAGGAGAUCCUGCGCAACGCCAGCGGUGUACUCAAGCCGGGAACCAUCACAUUGGUGCUGGGCCAGCCCGGCUCGGGCAAGUCAUCGCUUAUGAAGGUGCUGAGCGGUCGCUUCCCGCUCGAGAAGAACAUUACGAUCGAGGGCGACGUGACGUACAACGGCGUGGCACAGGCCGAGAUCAUGCGUCGCCUGCCGCAGUUCGUGGCCUACGUGACACAGCGUGACAAGCACUUCCCCACACUCACCGUCAAGGAGACGCUCGAAUACGCGCACCGUUUCUGCGGCGGUGAGAUGUCCAAACGUGCCGAGGAGAAGCUGUCCAAGGGUACGCCGGAGGAGAACAAGGCUGCACUGGAGGCGGCACGGGCGCUGUUCGCACACUACCCGGACGUGGUGAUCCAGCAGCUCGGACUGGAGAACUGCCAGGACACGAUCGUGGGCAAUGGCAUGAUGCGCGGUGUGUCUGGAGGCGAACGUAAGCGCGUGACGACUGGCGAGAUGGAGUUCGGCAUGAAGUACGUGACACUCAUGGACGAGAUCAGCACGGGUCUGGACAGUGCGGCGACAUACGACAUCAUUAAGACACAGCGCAGCAUCGCCAAGAAGCUGCAGAAGACGGUGGUGAUCGCGCUACUGCAGCCGGCGCCGGAGGUGUUCGAGCUGUUCGACGACGUGAUCAUCCUGAACGAGGGCGAGGUCAUGUACCACGGCCCGCGCGACCAGGUUGUGGGUCACUUCGAGAGUCUGGGCUUCAAGUGUCCGCCCGAACGUGACGUGGCCGACUACCUUUUGGAUCUGGGAACAAACCAGCAGUACAAGUAUGAGGUGCCACUGCCGUCGGGCAUGGCGCAUCACCCGCGUCUGGCAAGUGAAUUCGCAGAGUACUACCGUCGCUCGAGUAUCCACCGCGACAUGUUGGCGGCACUGGAGGCUCCGUAUGACCCGGAGCUGCUGGAGAACGUGAGCAACGACAUCGACCCGAUGCCAGAAUUCCACCAGUCAUUCUGGGACAACACGUGGACACUCAUGGAGCGUCAGAACAAGGUGACCAUGCGCAACACGGCGUUCCUCAAGGGCCGUGGCCUCAUGGUCAUCGUCAUGGGUCUCAUUAACGCGUCGACGUUCUGGAAUGUGGACCCGGUGAACGUCCAGGUGUUGCUGGGUGUGCUGUUCCAGGCCGUGUUGUUCCUGUCUCUGGGUCAGGCCUCACAGAUCCCGACGUUCAUGGCUGCACGUGACAUCUUCUACAAACAACGUGGCGCCAACUUCUACCGCACGGCGGCGUACGUGCUUUCGUGCUCGGUGUCCCAAGUGCCACUGGCGUUCGCAGAGACCAUCGUGUUCGGCCCGCUGGUGUACUGGUUGUGCGGCUUCGUGUCGUCGGCUGGCGCGUUCAUCAUCUACCUGAUCAUGCUGAUGCUGACGAACCUGGCGUUCGCGGCGUGGUUCUUCUUCAUCGCGUCCAUCUCGCCGGACCUUCACGUGUCCAAGCCGAUUGCCAUGAUCACGAUCCUGUUCUUCGUACUGUUCGCCGGCUUCAUCGUGGCCAAGAGCCAAAUGCCCGACUGGCUCGUGUGGAUCUACUGGAUCGACCCGAUCGCGUGGUGCCUGCGCGCCUUGGCUGUAAACCAGUACCGCUCGUCCAUCUUCGAGGUGUGCGUGUACGAGGGCGUGGACUACUGCUCGGACUUUGGCAUGUACAUGGGUGAAUACUACCUGUCGAUGUACGACGUGCCGUCAGCGAAGACGUGGAUUAUCUACGGUAUCAUCUUCAUGAUCGUGGCGUAUGUGGUGUUCAUGUUCUUGGGCUGCUUGGUGCUGGAGUACAAGCGCUACGAAAGUCCGGAACACACGAUUCUGGCGAAGAAGACGGUGGACGAGAACGAGGCCGGCAGCUACGCACUUGUGGCGACCCCGAAGAAGAGCAAGUCGCACAACGACGGCGAAGCUUUCGUGGUUGAAGUGAAGGAACGUGAGAAGAACUUCACGCCCGUGACGGUGGCGUUCCAGGACUUAUGGUACUCGGUGCCGAACCCGAAGAACCCGAAGGAGAGUCUGGAUCUGCUGAAGGGCGUGAGUGGCUUUGCGAUGCCUGGCUCGGUGACGGCGUUGAUGGGCUCGUCCGGUGCUGGAAAGACAACAUUGAUGGACGUGAUCGCCGGUAGGAAAACGGGUGGCACGAUCAAGGGCAAGAUUCUGCUGAAUGGCUACGAGGCGAACGACCUGGCCAUCCGUCGAUGCACGGGCUACUGCGAGCAGAUGGACGUGCACUCGGAGGCGUCGACGUUCCGUGAGGCUUUCACGUUCAGUGCGUUCCUUCGUCAGGACAGCAGCGUGCCCGACAGCAAGAAGUACGACUCGGUGGACGAAGUGCUGGACCUGCUGGACAUGCACGACAUCGCGGACCAGAUCAUCCGCGGCAGUUCGGUGGAGCAGAUGAAGCGCCUGACGAUCGGUGUGGAGCUGGCUGCGCAGCCCAGUGUGAUUUUCCUGGACGAGCCUACGAGUGGACUGGAUGCUCGGUCGGCCAAGCUGAUCAUGGACGGCGUCCGCAAGGUGGCGGACAGCGGACGGACCAUCGUGUGCACGAUCCACCAGCCGUCGUCGGAGGUGUUCUACCUGUUCGACAACCUGCUGCUACUGAAGCGUGGUGGCGAGACGGUGUUUGUUGGUGAACUGGGCGAGAAGUGCCGUAAACUGGUGGAAUACUUCGAGUCGAUCCCCGGCGUGGCUCCUCUUCCGAAGGGCUAUAACCCGGCGACGUGGAUGUUGGAGGUGAUCGGUGCUGGUGUGGGACAUGCUGCCGGCACGACGGACUUCGUGGAGGCUUUCAAGAAGAGUGAGGAGAAGCGCAUUCUGGACGCGAACCUGGCCAAGGAGGGCGUGACGAUCCCGUCGCCCGACUUCCCGGAGAUGGUAUUCACGAAGAAGCGCGCCGCGGACUCGUUGACGCAGGCCCGGUUCCUCGUCGGUCGCUUUAUGGACAUGUACUGGCGCACGCCGUCGUACAACUUGACUCGCAUUAUUGUGACGUUCCUGUUGGCGCUGGUGUUCGGUCUGCUGUUCCUGGACGGUGACUACACGAGCUACCAGGGCAUCAACGGCGGUGUGGGUAUGGUGUUCAUGACGACGCUGUUCAAUGGUAUCGUGUCGUUCAACAGCGUUUUGCCAAUUUCGUGCGAGGAGCGUGAGUCAUUCUACCGCGAACGUGCCGCGCAGACGUACAACGCGUUGUGGUACUUUGUGGGCUCGACGUUGGCGGAGAUCCCGUAUGUGUUCGCGAGUGGCUUCAUCUUCACGUUCGUGUGGUUCUUCAUGGUGGGCUUCACGGGCUUCGGCACGGCACUGCUGUACUGGGUGAACAUCUCUCUGCUGAUCCUGUUGCAGACGUACAUGGGUCAAUUUCUGGCGUACGCGAUGCCGAGUGUGGAGGUGGCGGCUAUCAUCGGCGUGCUGAUGAACUCGAUCUUCUUCUUGUUCAUGGGCUUCAACCCUCCUGCGAACGCAAUCCCGAGCGGCUACAAGUGGCUGUACGCUAUCACACCGCAGCGUUACCCGUUGGCCAUCCUUGGUUCGCUGGUGUUUGGACAGUGUGAUGUGGACCCGACGUGGAACGAGACGACGCAGGCGUACGAAAAUAUUGGCUCGCAGCUCGGUUGCCAGCCUUUGACGGGCCUGCCAGUGUCGAUCGACCACAUCACGGUGAAGGACUACGUGGGCUCAGUGUUCGGCAUGUACCACUCGGACAUGUGGACGCAAUUUGGCUACGUGUUCAUCUUCAUCGCGGUGUUCCGUGUGCUGGCACUGCUGUCACUGCGCUUCCUGAACCACCAGAAGAGAUAA